AUGUCCAAAUCAAAAAGCAAGGGCAUCAACGUCCUCCCCCUCAUCCUGCUCCUCCUCUUCGUCGCAGUCCUUGCCGUCGUCGGCUAUGUCGUGUACACAAUCGUCCAAGAUGUGAGCAAGAAUACUCGCGCCAAGAUGGAACGCAAGCAUAUCGCCUUUACCAAGGAUGGAAUGAAGGUUCAAGUGAAGGAAAUGCAAGAUGAGCAGUACAAGGACCGGACGCAGAGCGUCCUGGUCAACAUGUGGAAUCAGACCAAAUUCCCGGCUUAUAAGAGCCGUCUGUGGGAUAUGUCGGGAGAAAACUCAGGAGAGGGCGUUGAGAAGCGCAAGCCGUAA